AUGUUAAUUUUGUACAGCCUGGGACUUGCUGAAUUAGGGCAAAAUUUGCAAUAUUACUUAGAUAUCAUCAUUGAGGGGCAAGGAAACUGCGUGUGUUACUUCAGCCUCGAAUACCAAGGAGUUUACGCCACUCAGAGCAUCGUCAGCGGCGGUUCGACGAUCCAGUAUCUCGAAGUGGCCAUUGAAGCAGAUUCGAUCCCGAUUUGGGGCAACUGCCACCGCCGUCUCGGGAAUAAUGUGAUUCUUUAUGAUAUGACCGGCGGAACAGACUGCGUGCGCUGUUUCCACCUGCAGUUCCGCUCGAGACAUAUCCUGGAGGUGCACAACGAAGGCCUGCAAAAAUGCUACACCAACGAGGACGCUGCUUUGCAAACCUGCCCGACGCUGGAGGAUAUUCGCAAUAGGCAGACGAGGGAGAUUAUGUUGUAUAUAACUGCCCCUCUGAACGGCCGGUUUCGCAUGACCUACAACAUCAACGACGGCCGGGAGAGUGCCACGGAGUGCCCUGAGCCGACCUCGACCCUCGCCAACUGCCCGAGAGGAAAUGCCUUCACCAUGGACCUCCAUCGCUGUAGCUUCGGGGACUUCUCAAAGAGCUACGAGUGCCUGGGCGACUGGGAAGGCACCGACGGCCAGCGCUACUUGGCACUCCACGACCCGACCGCCCUCGCUGCCUCCAACGCCGACCCGCCGCCGCCCAGAUUCCGCUGUGCUAUGUACAAACUCGAAGAAGGAACGGGCAGCAUCUUCCUCUCCCUCUCUUACGAUUCCACGUGCAUCAACGAACUCCACUCUGCCUGGGAGGGCUACGAGACUCUGGUCCUCACGCCCACGCCGCCCAAACCGCCCGCAUCGGAGGCAACGGCGGCCAAUUGCCAGUUCCCGGACUGGGCACAGGGGCAAUGGGAGAACCUCAAAGUGGAGGGCAACCAGCUGACCUAUACUGACCUCAUCUCCUACAAAACGUACCGGGCUUACUGUCUCGAGGAGGAGAUCGCCGGCUUGAUCCCAGUGUACACGCAGUCUCAGUG